CGGAUGCCGCAGGAUGAUGCACGCUUGAGGGAAAAAAAACUCACUUCCCCUUUAGUUUUUCAGUCUUCUCGGUAGCAUUUAGUGGCACGGACGCUGAAAUGGUGGUGAGAUGAACAAGCGCAUCCUAUAGCGUCUUCAGGUGUAAUAUAACAACGCACACAUUUAUUAAAUCUCUUUCCGAGACUGAGGAUUUAACGCAAAGCGUGCCUGUGAUCUGAUUUUUCACGUUAAAGGCAAUACUGUGAAUCAUCGUCGCACUUUCUUUGGUGACAUUCUUCGACGUCGUACUUGAACCGGGCUCCAUCAUCUCGCGCAUCAUCAACGCAGAGUUACACCGUGACAGCAGUUGAAGCGAUAAACUUGCUCAUUGGCUAUGAAGAAUCAGGUGCCCCCCCUGCAAAAUAUUCUAUCUGGAUAAUGAUUUAAGUUUGUGACAUAUGCAGCACCUGUGGGGGAUUGUAGCAUCUAAAGGGAACUGAAAUUUCUAACCAAAACAAGCUCCGCAGUUGAUUUUGACUGAUGCUGAUUUUGACGGGCAUGUUAUGGUAGUCAAAAUUUAGAAAAAAAAAAAAAAAAAAAAACAGAAGAAAAAGAAAGACAAACUCUGCCUCAGAUAUGACCAGAGUCGAUGUCUCACGCCCAUGAAUUGGAGUUGCUCGGAGGGCUCGACCAAUAGCGGCACGGAUCAGGCCUGAAAACGCGCUGAGCGAUGAACGGGCUGACGGAUACCUCGGUGAAGUGCGUGCUGGUGGGCGACACGGCGGUGGGCAAGACCGCCCUGCUGGUGCGCUUCACAUCGGAGACCUUCCCCGAGAGCUACAAGCCCACCGUGUACGAGAACACGGGCGUGGAGGUCUUCAUGGACGGCGUCCAGAUCAGCCUGGGUCUGUGGGACACCGCCGGCAACGACACCUUUCGCGGGAUCCGGCCCAUGUCCUACCAGCAGGCGGACGUGGUGCUGCUCUGCUACUCGGUGGCCAACCACACCUCCUUCGCCAACGUGCGGCACAAGUGGAUCUGCGAGGUGCGGGAGCACCUGCCCCAGGUGCCGGUGCUGGUUGUGGCCACGCAGACGGACCAGCGGGAGAUGGGGCCGCACCGGGCCAACUGCCUGUCCUCCUCCGAGGGCAAGAGGCUGGCCCAGGACCUCCGGGCCAAGGGCUACCUGGAGUGCUCGGCGAUUAGCAACCGGGGGGUGCAGCAGGUGUUCGAGUGCGCCGUCCGGACGGCCAUCAACAAGGCCCGAAAACGGGAGCGAAGGAGGCUGUUCGAUAUCAACCAGUGCAAGAUAUUUUAACCCCCACCUCCCACCCAGCUCCUUCCCCUCCACACACCAAAAAAAAAAAAAGAAUGAUUCCAGAUAUUCUAAUUCUGUAUUUUCUGUGUGUCCUUGUAUGUGGGCAGUAGACAUUUACCUUGUGGAUUUAAUGCUUUGUGUUUGCAAGAACUGAGAAAAAGAAAAUUGGUGGUGAUUGGAUUUUGAGCAGGAGACGGCAUAUGGUGCACAUAGGCUGUACUUAAUUAUAUCUCCUCCUGUAUGACUCCAAUUCUAUGGAUGUCCUGGGACUGGUCACUCUCUAAUGUACAAGAGGACGUAUACUGAGGAAAUGCUGUGGGAACACAGGUAACUUCUACCUUUGUAAUUACACUUGACCAAUAACAGAUAUUAUUUAUUUGAUGUUUUCUGCUGUCUAAUGAAACAAUGCAGAUCCUGGUGUGAAUACGCAGAAUCUUUGCUGUAUGUUUGAAAAUCUAGGUUUUUUAAGAUUUCUAAACAUUUUUGUUUACUUCUGUGCAGUAUCACUGUCUCUAAGGGCUGUAAACAGGUGACAGUACUCAAUGGCUGUUUUAUGAUAAAGAAAUAAUUACCGUACCAUUGGAUCUGCUUCAGUGAGUUUCAGCUGACUUGACCUGAUAAGUAUUUUAACUUUGAAGAGGAAGUAGAUGCGCAAGUUUAGUUUUCUGUUAAAAACACAUGAUGCACUCUGCCUAAAAUGUGACAUGCUGUGAAGAAUGCAAUGUUAUCAGAGAUUAUUGGGUUUAUAUUGGGAUUAUUUAGUUCAGAAAAUAUUACAAUACUGAAGCAGAAAUUGUGAAUCUCUGAAAAAUAACCGAUUAAACGUCAUCUUUGAGAGAA